UCAGGAAUACUUCUGAUACGGGUACCGUAUCAUCAUUUAUCACGUAUCUUUCUGCACCGUACCUCGAUAGCAGAAGAAGACAACGAUACCACAAAUAUAUCAUGGCGUCUAUUUCAGUGACUUUAGAUUCCAAUUCUUCUAAUCCUUGGGUUCCAGAAUCUCCCACUUUCGAUAACGAGCAGGACUUCUACGAUUAUUUGAAUGCAAGUAAUGAAAUCAGAGAUAGGGACCGUCCGCCGGUUUCAGAGAUCUGCAUGAAACAAAUCUUUGAAGACAGCCAUGACGGCAUCGAUUUCCCACCUUUCCAAAAUACACGACCCAUCGUUUCUGCACACUCGAAAAUCUGGAGGGCUGGACACAGCAACAACAUCUUGACCCUGCUCACAGGAACCCCGGAGGAUGUGAAGUCAUACUUUAUUGGGCUAUUGGUGUCUUCCAUCACUGUGUUGAUAGUAUUUCUGACGUGGAUGAUUCUGUUGAUCACACUCAAAGGAUUAGGGAGCGACAGAGCAGGGUUCCUCGCCGGAAAACGGUCCAAGCUCCCACCAAAACCGGUAGGAGAAGGGUUGCCAUCGACAGAACCGCAACCUGUCGCUGAUUUGAAACCUGAAGAAGAAAUUGGUACUGUGGAGGCGGCACCGGAAUCAGCCGAAGAGGAUGGCAACAAUGGCAAUGGCGAAAGCAGCAGCAACGUCGACAUUAAAAACGAGGACGGAAACAUGAUCGAUUCGGAUCAUUUGACGUCCUCAUCUAAAAGAGAUUCAAGGGAAACAAAAAGAAAUGUGUUGCUGUCAAAGAACGAAUGGAACGAGGUCUACUCGACCAAGAAAAAAGAAGAACGUUGGAUGAAAAUAGUGGUCGUAUUCGCCUGUCUGAUGGUAAUUUUUAUGUCCAUUGUAAUGGCAGCAAAAGGCGUCCAGAGUCUCAAAGGAAGUCUAGACGAUGGAAAGGCUAGCAUUAGCUACGCGGAAAAAUUGUUAGACAACGCCCAAGGAGUCGUCAACGAGCUAACAAACGGACUUGGAGAAUUCCAGACGGAUUUUUUGGACUUGCUCGAGCGAUCAAAUACAGGAAUGUGUCCUCGAUUAAAACCAGAGGGACUGUGUGAAUCUUUGUUGGAAGUUGACAGUUGCGAUUUCACAAUCGAAGUUGACAUCGAUCAGGAUAUCGUAAUUGAUAAACUCGACGUGAAUACAACGGUAGACUUUAAUUACAGUCAUUCUGUCGAUGUUUCGAAGCUGUCCGAAAGCAUUAAAGACAAGAUAGGAAUUGACGGGACACUUGAUCUGCGAGAGAUUUUGUUUCCAAGCGCUCAAAAUGUUUAUGAGGAUCUGGUUGGAGCCUUCUCGAAAGACUGGCUUUUCCUUGAUAAAAUGCGUGAUUUUUCGGAUACCAUCGGCUCGGUGUCAACACUCGCCACCGAAACAGAAGAGCAAAUCAAUGCAAUUAAUUGGGUAUUUUACAUUGCAGUCAUCUUUGACGUUAUCGUGGGUCUAUUGGCAGUUUGCAUGAUCAUACACAUCUUGGCAGGUGACAGAUUGCCGCUUUCUCUCAAAUGCUUCCAAAGGCGAUGUCUCUUUCCCUUUUUUAUCGCAUGCGUCUCCAUAGCAUUUAUCUUUGCUAUUGCAUUUUUGAUAGGUACGUUAUACAUUAGUAUCUCAAUCUCGAAAUACUCGUCUUUUUCUUUGACGGAAACACUAACUUCACAUUCCUUGUACUUCCUCUUUCCCCAGCUAGUAUGGCUCUUUCUGACUCGUGAGUUCAAAUUGAUUUCAGAACGGAAUUCGUAUGUAAACAUAGCGGAAACAAUUAUCUGACGCUAAUUUUUCUUCUGUUUCAUUUUCAAAAUUAAAGAUGCGCGAAUGGUCCCAGCGACCGCAUUUUGUCAGUGGCUCAAUACUAUAUGGGUGAUAGAUUAGCCGCUGAUUAUGUUACAGACAUCAUCAAAGAAUGGUUCUCUCGUGAGUAUCUCCGUACCUACUUGAUUUCACAGAAAAAUUGAAUGUGAACGAAAACAAAUAAUUUUUUGCUAUAUCUUUUCUUGUUUCAUGUGUUUUAUGGAUUAAAAAUAUUCUCACCGCGAUUCCUUCCAAAUAAUUUUCAACACGAUAGAGUGUGAUGUACAACCCCCAUCCAUGCAACACGACCAGUCGUUUCUUGACGGCGCGCAAAAGAUAUUCGAGGAUUUUGAUGUGGCAAUACAAAAUAUCGCGGGUAGUGUCACAGACUUCUGCGGAACGACAGAUCAGUAUCUAUUCGGUGACAUGAUCUCAACGACCUUUAAAUAUCUCUGCGGUGUGACAGGGUUACUUGUGGAUCUUCGUAAGGCAUUUCGAUGUAGCACAUGGAUGCCUCUAUAUUACAAUACUCGUGAGUGCAUUUUCGUCCCAUUACUUUAAUCCAUUGUUGUAAUUGUCGGACUAAACACACUGAAAAUUUGUGCUUCUCACUCCUUGAACUAAUUUGCCAUUCCGCUUUACCAGUUUAUAACGCUGUUUGUUACAAUGCA